AUGUCUGAAGAGUUUCCAACACCUCAAUUGAUCGAUGAUCUAGAGACUAAGCAUGAUAAUACAAGAGUUGUCAAGGACUUGUUAGCUGGUACAACCGGUGGGAUUGCACAAGUUCUAGUAGGUCAACCUUUCGACACAACCAAAGUACGUGUACAAACCUCCUCCACAAAUACAACUGCAGUUCGUGUAGUUAAGGACCUUCUCAAGAAUGAAGGUGUGCUUGGGUUUUACAAAGGUACGUUAACACCAUUAAUCGGUGUUGGCGCCUGUGUUUCGCUACAGUUUGGUGUUAAUGAAGCUAUGAAGAGAUUAUUCCGUUCCACCAAUAAUGGUAUUCAAACGCUGUCUUUAUCACAGUAUUAUACUUGUGGGUUAGCAGGUGGUUUAACGAACUCUUUCUUAGCUGCACCAAUUGAACAUGUAAGAAUUAGAUUACAAACCCAAACUGGAUCAGGUGCAGGACGUGAAUAUAAAGGUCCAUUGGACUGUAUAAGAAAAUUGAAAUCUCAUGGCGGCUUGAUGAGAGGUCUAACACCAACUUUAUUGAGAGAAGGUCAUGGUUGUGGUACAUAUUUUCUAGUGUACGAAGCAUUGAUUGCCAAUCAAAUCAGUCAAGGUACCAAGAGAACAGAUAUUCCAGCAUGGAAAUUAUGUACUUUUGGUGCAUUAUCCGGUGUAUCUUUAUGGAUAAUGAUUUAUCCAAUUGAUGUCAUCAAAUCAGUUAUGCAAACGGAUAAUUUAGCAAACCCAAAAUAUGGUAAAUCAAUUAGUUCGGUAGCCAAAAAUAUAUAUGCCAAGAAUGGAUUAAUGGGAUUCCUAAAAGGUUUUGGACCAACAAUUGUCAGAGCAGCACCAGCUAAUGGUGCUACUUUUGCAACUUUUGAAUUGGCAAUGAGAUUAUUGGGAUAG